CUUGGUUCGGUGUUGUCAUAGUGACGAAGUUGAGUGUGCUGGCAGCGUGGAAAGUUUUUCUCUAAUAAAACUGGCGGUUGACCUGCAGGUGAAGAUGAACACAGCUGUUGGGUUUCUCCCUGAAAUUAAUACCAACAAAAGCAAACAGAGGAGCAGCACUUACUACAGCAGGAUGAAGCAGACGAAGGAGUCCCUCAGAGCCAGACUGGGCCCGGCUCGACCAGCAGAGAGUCUGACCAGGAAAGAAAUCGCUCUGUUCAGAAGCAGUCCGAAGCAGAGCAUCUGUGUGCGGCUGCUGCAGGAAGGCUUCCACAGGUCGUUCUCUGAGCUCGUCUCUCUGCUGCGCUCUGAUCAGGACUGGAGGGCGACGGCUGAACCGGGAUCACUCAGGCUUCGUGCUCCUCCUCUGGUGGAACAAAGACACAAAAUGGAGACCAUUAGCCAGCACCUGAGCUUGGCUGAGGAGGCUGAAAGGACCGGUAUCUGGUCCACCGUCUGCGAGGAGCGUCUCCUUUUGGGUCGGUUCUUCUCAGACCCCGAGGACCUCUGGCUCCGCUUCUACUUCUACCACAGCUGUACUGACAGAGAGAAAGGGAGGUUCUCCAGAGCAGCCACCGAGGCCCGGGCCUGCCUGACUGAGCUGUACCUGGAUCGAGGUGAGCUGGAGGAGGCGAGGCAGCAGGGAGAGCUAUGCCGCAAACAGGCGGAGGACGGCGGCUGGCUGGACUCAGACGGUCGGCCCCUGAAGCUCCGGGCCUGCCGGGAUCUGUGGAAGAUCUACAGAGAGCUCGCGGAGGCGCCGCUGGCCGCCGAGGACCACAAGAAGGCCCGGACGCUGCUUCACGAAGGCAACAGCAGGGCCGCGGAGUCUGAAGACAAACACAUGAAGGGGGAGGCGGCUUUCCAAGUAGGCCUGGCCUAUCAGAGAGCAGGAGACCAUAGCACAGCCAAACAGGUACCAAAGAUUGUGUUUGACUUCUGAACGCCACAAAGAAAC